UUCACGUUGUUUGUCAACCGCCAAUAAAAACAGAAGAAGAAGAAGAUUCAGUGCUUCUGAACUGUAUUUAUUACCUUAUGUAGACUAACCAGCUGUCAGCGUUUUUAUCCUUUAAUUUUAACUGAGCUUUUUAUUUGAAUUUAGCUGUGGGAGCUACUGGUUUAGCUGUGGGAGCUACUGGUUUGCCUGUCCUGUCAGCAGCUCGACAUGGCGACGAGCAGCGGCUUGUCCGGCUCCAGUCUUCCGCCGCCGAGGACCCGCAUCUUUAAAAUCAUCGUCAUCGGGGACUCUGGCGUCGGGAAGACCUGCCUCACCUACCGCUUCUGUGCCGGCAAGUUCCCCGAGAAGACCGAGGCCACGAUCGGAGUGGACUUCAGGGAGAGGCUGGUCGAGAUAGACGGAGAGAAAAUCAAG